AUGGAAGAUCUGCUGGCCCCCACUGAAUCUGAACCCCACACGCAACAAAGCUGCCCAUUCUGCCAGAUUGAGUCAAAUGCAUCUUUCCUUUACUUUGCCAUAACCCAGAUCGCUCUCACAUUGAAAUUCCAGCACAAGAUGGACUUUCAGGACCCCGAGGACUUGGUAUCCGCAGCUCAGAUGAUCCGGGAUGCAUACCUCGAAAUCGCGUAUAGUGCACCUCUGUCAGUCAAACAACAAGCAACCAUCCGGAAUGAUCCCGCCAUUGGCUCCCUUUGGGUCAGCAAAUGUUCUCUUCCCAGCCCCAAAAAUGAUACCUCCCGCGAUGCUCUUGACCCACUUUUACUAUAUGCUCAACAAAUGCCCAGAGAGCGUAGUCUGCGUUUUAUGUUCGUCUACAUGCUUUGUUGA